AUGGAGAAGAUACAAUUACUGCGUGACCAGUUGAGUGCAGCUUUAUGGCAGCUGGAGCGAGACCUUCUCAUCGAUGUUUGUGGGCGACUGAAAUGUUACGGCCUCAGCAGCGGAGAACCUCCCAGAGAGACAAAAAGGGCACUCAUCAAGAUGGCAGAGGACGUUUUUGAUGAAGUCGAGAAAAAGGAUAAAGAUGAUGAGAAAACACCAACAGCGACACCUGCUACAGCCAAGAGGAAGUCCCGACCCCCACGGCGAGAGCAGCAGCCGCCCGAGUCUGGAGACACAUCCGACGACAACGAUUGCUGUGGAACUUACCAGUGGCACCUCCGACCCGGUCCGGGAAGAUGGCAGCAGCAGCAGGCUCCACUCAAUCCACUGGCGGUGUCCUUCCAGCCUCAUCAGGACCCAGCGCAACCAGAAGAGGAUUUGCCACUACAGAGCGAAGAGUAUUUGCCACUACAGAGCGAAGAGGAUUUGCCACCACAGAGCGAAGAGUAUUUGCCACUACAGAGCGAAGAGGAUUUGCCACUACAGAGCGAAGAGGAUUUGCCACUACAGAGCAAAGAGAACGUUCCAGUGCAAUCCCUUGACUGGCCAGGGCGUGGUGAGUCCCCGACAGACAACGCUGCUGUCAGUGGAGGUAUGACUGAGACACAGCGACCUCAACGACAGCGGCAGCCCCCAAAGCAUAUCCUCUCCCACCCCACCCACCUUUCCCCUCUCCCCUACCCCCUCCCCGCCCUCCCACGAGAUCCCCCCUUGUCCCUCCCCCCACCUCCCGUCUAUUCCCUCCCUCUCGCCGUCUCCCUUAUUCUUCACCCGUUCCUUCUCCACCCUGUCCCUCCCUCUCCACCCCCUGCUAAGUCCCCCCCCCUGCCUACCCUAUCCAAACAGUGUCCCAGUCAAAUAUGA